AUGGGGGUGACAGGAACAGAGAGGGUGAAUUGUGCGGCUUUUAUGUUUCAAGAUCACGCCCGCGUUUGGUGGGACAUAGUGAAUCAAACUCGGGAUGUCAGUGUGAUGACAUGGGAAGAGUUUAAGAAACUUUUUGAGGAAAAGUUCUAUAAUGUGGCUGUAAGGACUUCACACCAGGAAGAUUUUGUGAAGUUGACUCAAGGGAAAAUGUCUGUGGCUGAGUAUACUCUGGAAUUUGACCUGUUAUCAAAAUUUACUGACUUGGCCUUAAUUGCUGAGGAGGCCGAGCAGCAAGUGAUGAAAGAGCAGGCUGCAAAGGAUGCCGCCAUGACAUCAAACCCUCCUGAUGGUGGUAAUGUCAGUAAGGGGAUCGACAGUAGCAACCCUGAGCACAAGCGGAAGGCUGAAGCUUCCGGAGCUUCAGGAGGAAAUAGGAAGUUUCGGGGAAACAGAGGUGGACGUCAAGGUCGCGGGUCCUCAUUCCGGUCAUAUCCCAAGUGCCCUAAAUGUAAGAAGCAUCAUCCUAGUGAGUGUCGAGCCAAGGCAUGUUUCCAAUGUGGCAUGGUGGGCCACUUUAUCAAAGACUGUCCCCAAGCCAGGAAAGAAGAGCCUAAGAAGAAUGCUGCUCAGAACCCGGGGCGACUUUUCACUUAG